AUGCCCACAAAAAAGAAAAAAACAAGACUGAGAGCGGAGGAGGAAACCAAAGAUGUGCAUGAUGAGGACUUGGAGGAUCAGGGAGCAAAGCCCAAGAAGAAAAGUAAGCAGGUGAGUGAGUCAGAGGAUGCUGGAAGAUUGAAGACGUGUAAAGACAGCGAUGAAGAAGGAUACAACUCUGACACAUCGGGGCCUGAUGUGAAAAGCAGCAAGAAAAUAGGGAAAAUUAAAGAAAGGGUCAAGAAGAAGAAGAAAGCCAAAGACGAAAGUGGCGAUGAGUUGAGCAGUGCAUCACAGGAAGAGGAUAACAACAAUGACUCCAAAAGUAAAAAGAGAGGGGGGAAACUCCCUGAUGUGAUUGAGACCACUAAGAAAGGAAAAAACAAGUCCUCAAAUGAGCUCCGAACCUACGAGCCAGAAAAGGUGGAGAACUACGAAGACGAGUAUCACAAAAAGAAAGUUUAUGAAGUGGUAACCAUCACUGGUGAUGAGAGAGGAGCGGGCACUGAUGCCAACGUGUUUGUCAGUCUGUUCGGAGAAUAUGGCAUCACUCCCAAAGUCCAUCUGGCGAGCAAGAGUCGUACUGCAUUUGAGAGAGCCAAAACUGAUGUGUUCAGGAUUAGAACUCACAAUGUUGGAUCUUUGAAAAAGAUACGGAUCGAGCAUGACAACACUGGUCUGAACCCCAGCUGGUUCCUGGACAGAGUGGUGGUGACGGAUGUGAUCAGGCCUCACCUGAGGUUUUACUUUGCUUGUACCAACUGGUUCAGUAAAGUGGAGGGAGACGGCCUUUAUUGCAGGGACCUGAUGGGCAGCAUGGACCCCACGGAAAUGCCCAAAUAUAAUAAAUAUGUGGUGAGUGUUUUUACUGCUGAUGUAAAAGGCAGUGGAACAGAUGCCGAUGUUUUCAUCAAUAUCUUUGGGGAGUUUGGAGACACAGGGGAAAGGCGACUUGACAACAACAAAAAUAAUUUCGAAAAAGGCAUCGAAGACAAAUUCACUAUUGAAGCACCAAACUUGGGCAAAGUGAGGAAGAUCACCAUCGGCCACAAUAACAAAGGCUCCUCAGCAGGCUGGUUUGUGGAUAAGGUGAUCGUGGAUGAUCUGGGAAAUAAAACUGUGUAUGAAUUUCCAAUCAGUCGUUGGUUUGCCAUUGAUGAGGAUGAUGGAAAAAUACAGAGGGACAUUUUGGUGGGAGGGAGCCAGCCCACAGGUAUUGUGUACAACGUCCAGAUUGUGACAGGGAACAUUCGAGGUGCUGGGACCAACUCCAAAAUCCACAUCGUGAUGCAUGGCUCAAAAGGCAUAAAAAACUGUGGAAAGGUGUUUCUGGAAGGAGGACAGUUCGAGCGGGGCCUCACAGACAUCUUUAAUGUUGAAAUCGCUGCGCUCCUCAGCCCGCUCAGCAGAGUGACUAUUGGACAUGACAAUGGAGGAGUCAGUGCUGGGUGGUACUGCGAGAAGGUGGUGGUGUACUGUCCGUUCACAGGAAUUGAGCAGACCUUCCCGUGUAGUAAAUGGCUGGAUGAGAAAGAGGGAGAUGGGCUGAUAGAGAGAGAGCUCUAUGAGAUGGUCUCACUCAGGCAGAAGAGACAGAAAAAGCACCCCUGGUCCUUGUGGAUCUGGACGUCAGAUCUGCCCAGCGCAGGAACCGACGCAGUUAUCUUCUUCCAGGUGUACGGACAGAAGGGCAAGUCGGAUGAGAUCAAACUUGACAACAAAACAGAUAAUUUUGAACAGGGACAGGUGGACAGGUUCAUGGUUGAGCUGCCUAAUUUGGGAAAACUGACCAAACUCCGUAUCUGGCAUGAGAAGAGAAAUCCUUUUGCAGGAUGGCAUCUUAGUGAGGCAACUCUGAUGAAAACAUUAACAAAGGAGAAGUAUGCAUUUCCCUGUGAGCGUUGGCUGGACACAAAUGAAGACGACAAUGAGGUUGUUAGGGAGUUACCUGCCAACGGAGAACUAAUCGCUGAGCCGCUGCCUUUGAUAAAGUACAGAGUGACCGUUUGCACUGGUUCUAUGGGUGGCAGCGGCACAGAUGCGUCCGUUUUUCUCAACCUGAUUGGAGACUUAGGGGACACCGGAGACCGAGAGCUGGUCAACUGCAAAAACAACGUCAACAAGUUUGAGAAAGGAAACUUGGACGAGUUUAUGGUCGAGGCUGUAGCCAUUGGGCAGGUCCGCAGGGUGAGGAUUGGACAUAACGGCAAAGGUGGAGGCUGCGGCUGGUUUCUUGACAAAGUGAUUGUAAGAGAGGAAGGGCAGGCUGAGGCAAACUCUGUCGAGUUCCCCUGUAACAGAUGGCUGGACCGCAACGAGGAUGAUGGACAGAUUGUUAGAGAGUUGUUGCCAUUCUCAGAUGGGCAACGCCUUUACAACAUUGGCUAUCAAAUCGAAGUGAAGACAGGUGACAUCCCUGGAGGCAGUUCGGACUCCAAUGUGUUUGUCAAGCUCUACGGGGAGAAAGGUGACACCAGUAAGAUGAUGCUGUUGGUCUCUGACAACAACCUGGGGAACUACUUUGAGACGGGUCGCAUUGACAUCUUCACAGUGGAAACCUUUGAUAUCGGACAGAUCAACCGUAUGAUGAUUGGCCACACCAAUGAAGGCAUGCGUGCUGGCUGGUUCUUGGACAGUGUUCAGAUCAUGGUACCAGUCACUGGAAAGCAUUACAUGUUCCCCAGUCACCGCUGGCUCUGCAAGCAUGAAGCUGACGGCAAGACAGAGGUGGAGAUCUAUCCCAGCGAGAUCCUGGACAUGGAACAAUUAAUUAACUAUGAGAUAACAGUAGUGACUGGAGAUGUGACGUUUGCCGGCACAAACGCCAAAGUGUUCAUCCAGAUCUACGGCGACAAAGGGAAGACAGAGAUCAUCAGACUUGAAAGCAGAUCCAACAACUUUGAGCGGGACACCACAGAAAUAUUCAAGAGAGAGGCCAAAGAUGUGGGAAAGAUCUUCAAGGUCCGUGUCGGUCACAACAACUCAGGGGUCGGAUCUGGCUGGUUCCUGGAGAGUGUUGACGUCAAGCAUCUAAUCUUGGGAGAAGAGAUGAGGGAGGUGGUGCUGACUUAUCAUUUCCCCUGUUCACGCUGGCUGGCCCGGGGAGAGGAGGAUGAUGAGCUGGUGGUUGAGCUGCUGCCUGAGGAUGCAGAGGAGCUGGAAGUCAACACCUAUGAAGUGAGCGUCUUCACUGGUGACAUGAUGGGUGCUGGGACCGACGCCAACGUCUUCAUCAAUAUUUAUGGCGAGAACGGAGACACCGGAGAGCGCUAUCUCAAGAACUCUGACAACCUCAACAAAUUUGAGCGAGGGCAGGAGGAUGUUUUCACCGUGACAGCUAUCGAUUUGGGUCCUCUGAAGAAGUUACGUAUCCGUCAUGACAAUACACAGUCUUACUCAGCAUGGUACCUGGAUCGUGUGGAGAUAGUGGACACAAAGGAUGAUACAACGUAUUAUUUCCCUUGUAACCGCUGGCUUGCAGUAGACGAGGACGAUGGUCAGAUAGCGAGGGAGCUGGUUCCUGUGGACGAGGCCUUCAUGAGGAAGGAUGAGGACGAGGAGGGGACUGCUGCCACUCUGGGGCUUGAGCAGAAAUCUAUGUCAACCACAUAUACUCUAAAAAUAAAAACUGGAGAAAAGAAGUACGCUGGAACCGAUGCAAACGUCUUUGCUGUCCUAUUUAGUGAAAAUGACGACACAGGAAUCAUCAACCUGAAGGCUUGUAAGACCUAUAAGAAUAAGUUCGAGCAGGGUAUGAUCAAUGAGUUCACUGUGGAGGCGGUGGACUUGGGCGAUCUGGAAAAGCUUCGAAUCGGCCACGACAACUCAGGGGGUUCACCUGGUUGGUUCUUGGACUGGGUCGAGAUUAAUGCCCCCUCACAGGGUCAGAGACUGCGCUUCCCGUGCGGCCGCUGGCUGGACAAAGGAGAGGAUGAUGGGGAAAUAGAGAGGGAUCUCUAUCCUGCUGAGUUACAGACAGAGCUCUACAUGCCAUUCGUGCCUUAUGAGAUAAAGAUAUUCACCAGUGAUGUGUUUGCCGCUGGAACGGACGCCGAUGUGUUCAUAGUUCUGUAUGGCCAGAAGGGCGUCUGCACACAGCAGAAACACUUGUGUGUCAACAAGAGAGAGAGACGGCUGUACUUUGAGAGGGGAGCUGAGGACAUGUUUAUUGUGGAGUUGGAAGACGUCGGCGAUGUUAUAGAGAAGAUCAGGAUAGGACACGACAACAGGGGCACUAACCCAGGAUGGCACCUUGACAGAGUGGAGAUCAGACGCCAGCUCAGGAAAGGAAAGGGUUCAGAGACAACCAUUUUCCCAUGUGAGUGCUGGCUUGCCAAAUCCGAAGAUGAUGGGGAGACAGAGAGGGAGCUGGUCCCCUCUGAUAUUAUCACAGAGAAACUGCUCAGGGAUGGGAAGCUGAAGCGGACUGAAACAGAGGUGGAGGAUGCUUUGGAAACUCACACGUACAAGGUGUCUGUGCGGACAGGUGAUAUGUACCGAGCAGGAACUGAUGCCAACAUCUUUCUCACCAUCUACGGAGACCUGGGAGACACUGGAGAGCGAAAACUCCUCAAAUCUGAGAACAGCAAGAACAAAUUUGAGAGAGGAGCGGUGAACAAGUUCACCAUUGAGGCUGUGGACCUGGGCCAAGUGUUUAAGAUAUGUAUCCGUCACGACAACUCAAUGAUGGGAGCCGACUGGUACCUUGACCAGGUGGAGGUGCUGGAUGUGGAAACAGAGGAGGUGUACAUGUUCCUGUGUGAGCGCUGGCUGUCGACGAAGAAAGAAGACAAACGCAUAGAGAGGACUUUCUUUGUCAAGGGCUAUGAGGGUGAAAGACACACUGACCCAAAUUCAAAGAAGAUUGCUCAGGCCAAACUGGGGUUGGACAGAAAUGCCAACAAGAAGAAAAAGAAGAAAAAGGUGGCAGUGGUGGAAGAAGGUCCAAUCAUCCCUUAUCACUUCACUUUGUCCACGGGGAUUGACCGUGAUGCAAGCACCACCGCCAGGGUCUAUGUCAUAAUCAUUGGCCCCGGUGAAGUUGAGACAGAACGAUUAUGGCUGGACCCACCAGAGGGAAAGAAAUCCUUCACAGCUGGCACCAUGGACCAUUUUGUGUGUUAUGGAACUGACGUAGGAGAGAUCAAGCGUGUGGAACUCGGUCAUAACGGUGUCACACCAGAGAGCUGCUGGUUGGUGGAUGAGCUGUCGGUUGCCGUGCCAACCAAAGGUAUCAAGUACAUCUUUCCAUGUAAGUGCUGGCUGGCUAAAGACAGGGGAGAUGGUCUGACUGCCAGACUGUUCAAUGUGUUGGACUCCAGCACGAUCAACAUUAUCCGCAAAGUUGUUUAUUCGGCCACAGUAGUCACAGGUGACACUCAGUAUGCAGGUACUGAUACCAACAUUUUCCUGACGGUGUUCGGAGCCAAUGGGAGCACAGAGGAAAUGCUGCUGCCCAAAAAUGAGGACAGGUUUGAAAGAGGCCAAGAGGACACAUUCAGUCUGGAGAUAGAUGACAUUGCUCCUCUGAAGAAGAUCAGAGUUCGGAUUGAUGGAACUGGGAGUCGUCCCGACUGGUUUCUGGACAGGAUCCUGAUGCGCAACCUGACCACAGAGGACAUGUAUCUGUUCACCUAUGAGAACUGGCUGUCCAAGACCAAAGGGCCAAAGAGGACCAAAGUGUGCGAGCUGGCAGCUGUAGUGGAUGAGGAGGACAUGGUGGAAAAAACAACUUACAUCAUCCAAGUCCAGACCAGUGAUGUCACAUGUGCCGGCACCGAUGCCAAUGUGUAUGUGAUGGUGUUCGGGCAGUAUGGGGAUACUGGGACACUGCCUCUGAAGGAGAGCACCAACAGGAACAAGUUUGAGCGUAAAAUGAAAGAUGUGUUCAGAUACCCCGACAUGCUCAGUGUGGGCGUGCUGGCCAAAGUCCGAGUCUGGCAUGAUAAUAAAGGCCCAGGUCCAGGUUGGCACCUGGAGUACAUUGAUGUGAAAGAUGAGGCCAUGGACCAGACCUUCAGGUUCCCCUGUGACCGUUGGUUGGCUAAAAAUGAAGACGACGGGCAGAUCAUGAGGGAGCUGGCCUGUGCCAACAAUGACUCCAUAGACCUCAGUGACAAAACCAAAUAUGAAAUUGCCACAACAACUGCUUACACAGAUGAUGCCUCCACCACUGAAAAUGCCUGGAUUGUGUUGGAAGGAAGGAAAGCCCGUUCCAAGGAAUUUGUUCUGGAGAAUAGGAAAAAUAAGUUUGUAUGCGGUGCCACUGACACGUUUGAGUUUUCAUCCAAGCACGUAGGAGAGAUUGCUGGCAUCUGCCUCGGCCACAUAACCAAAGACGGCAAGAAGGUGAAGAAUGAAGCUUUCUGGCACAUCAUGGAGGUGGUGGUGACAGAGAAGGAGCUGGGAAACAAGUAUUUCUUCCACUGCGAUGCACAAAUUCCUCUAGCAGCCAAGAAGGACCAGUUCCUGACAUUUGAGUGCUACAAGUCCAUCGAGAGCUUUGAGAGCAAAGUCCGCAACCUGGUGCCUGUCAAGUAUGAAUUUAUCAUCAUCACAGGGGACGUCAAAGGGGCUGGCACAGACGCUAACGUUUUCAUCACCAUCUAUGGCGUCAACGGUGACUCAGGGAAACGUCAUCUGCGGAAGAAGUUCCGCAACCUUUUUGAACGCGGGCGGGCGGACUGCUUUGUUCUGGAGAUGCUGGACCUCGGGGAGCUGCUGAGGAUCAAAGUGGAGCACGACAACAGCAACUCCAGCUGCGGAUGGUAUUUAGAGUGUAUCGAAGUGACCAACACAGCCAACUCAGUCACAACCAUUUUCCAGUGUGGAAAGUGGCUGGACUCUAGUAAGGCAGACGGGCAGAUUCAGCGAGUGCUCUACCCGAGAUAUUAG